AUGAGUUGGGAUGAGUUCAGAGAACUGUUUAACCAAAAGUAUUACAGCAAUGCGCUUAGAGUGGCGAAAGUAAACGAGUUUACUAGUUUGGUGCAGGGCAGUAUGUCAGUCACUGAGUAUGCCUUGAAGUUUGAUAGACUAGCUAAAUUUGCACCGAAUUUGGUGCCUACUAAUGCAUCAAAACAGGAUAGAUUUUUUCAGAGGCUAAAUGCUAUGAUAGCCUGGUAUGUUCGAAUUACGUCGCUAACCCGAAAAGUGGUCCAAAACAUUCACCUAUUCAGUGGAAGCUUGUUAGGAGUUUCACGUGGAGGACUAGGCAUAAGUGAAAUCGUGGACAGCAUGGAGGAAAGAGGAAUCAACAUGCUUUUUGUGCUGGGUGGGAACGGAACUCAUGCUGGGGCAAAUGUAAUUCACAAAGAGGAAGCAAGAGCUCUACUAGGAAGACUUGAGUAUCAAAAGGGUAACAUAGAAGCUGCACUUCAUGUAUUUGAAGGAAUAGACAUUGCUGCAGUGACUCCUAGGAUGAAAGGAUCCAUUUCUAGAAGAUGUGAACAAAAUAGACACCGUUCACAAAGUGAUUCUGUCCCACCUAUGUCCAUGCACGCUGUUAGUCUGCUCCUUGAAGCUGUUCUUCUCAAAGAAAAAUCAUUGCAAGGCCUUGGACGAUAUGAAGGUAUUUCCUUUACCUAACUGUAAUUUCAUUCUUAGUUCAUAGCUUUGGAAUUCUGUUUCACAUUAUUGCUGCUGCUGUCUAGUACUAGUCAAAGUAGUUUUUCUUUUCCUGAUAUUUUUAUUGUAUUUAGUAAAAUGAUAGAAAAGAUGAUUGGAUUAUUACUUGUUGAUUUUCAUUUCUUAGAUAUCUAAAAAGUUUAAGAUUACUAAAAUAGCAAACUUU